AUGGCAGGACUAGACUGGCUUCGCGGAUUCAUGACAAGACACGAAAGAGAGAUAUCCUUACGCAAACCAGAGAAUACCAGCAUAAGCAGAGCCAUGGCAUUUAACAAACCCGUUGUGAAUGACUUUUUUGUUAAAUAUGCAUCAAUUAUGGAAAAAUAUAAAUUUCCUCCAGAAAAGAUAUUUAAUCUGGUUGAAACUGGCUUGACAACUGUGAUGCCGCCAUCAAAAGUUGUUGCCCCCAAAGGAAAAAAACAGGUAGCUCAUAUAUCUUCCCAAGAGAGGGGAGAACUUGUAACCUUUGUCGGUAUUAUAAGUGCAGCUGGAUCUGCAGUUCCACCAGUUUUUGUCUAUCCAAGGAUCAGAAAUCCUGAAGAAUAUUUAGGUAGUGAUUACCCAAAUUCAGCAAUCGCCCUAGGAAAUAAAAAAGGGUAG